AUCUCAAUUAAAUAAAUUAGUCUCCAAAAGUAAAAACCUUAAAUUUGAGGAGUAUUAGAAAUUAAUAUAUAAUUAUUAAGUUAACGAAUCGAUAAAAAAUACAUUUAUAAAAUAAUUACGGCAAAAAAGACCAAUUUCAUUGGAUAAAAAAUAAUAUUAUUGAUAGACGAUAGUCAAAUAUUUUCGGCAUAUCUAUUUGUGGUUAAGAAAAUUUUAAAAAUGAUAACUGAUAAGUUGACCCAACAUAUUGUUAUUAUCCUUCAAAAUCAAAUCAGAGGUUUGUUCUGUGGUUUGAAUGUCUAAUUUUAAAAACUCUAAAGUGGUCCAUGGAUUUUCGUAUUUAUUUUACAGAUUGCAACUUGCAAUUGAAGUGAUUGAACGAGUUUUAAAAUAAUAAUCAUAAUUAUUUCAACUUUAUAAUUUUUAAUCUCCACAGCAGCUACUAUUUUGGUAAAUAAUCAACAUCUGAUCAUCUAUCGUAAGUAUUAAAAACCGCAUGACAAAAUGGGCGGAUCAUCUAGCACUACUCGAACACUAGAAAUUGAGAAUCCAAAUGUGAUCACUUUGUCAGACAAGGUUGUUGAGAGACUCCGAGGUCAAGAGCAAAUAGCACCAGUUGACCAGGGUUCACACAUUUUACAGACGUAUGUGCAACCUUCGUCUCUGCAAAUACAGAAGGUUGUUCAGCAAGAGCUAGAAGCCAAUGACAAGCGGUGGGAGCAGCGUUUUCACCAUGUCAACAACAGUCAAAAAGCUCUGAACCGCAAUGUCGAAAUAGAAUACAAAAACACAUAUGAAAACGUCAAGAAAUUGUUACCUAUAAUUAAAGACGGAGUACUGAGUGAAACUACAAUAGAAAAAGAAAACGUUCUAUUGGAUUGUCUAGCUAAUAACAAGGGAACCCCGUUAAAUUGCACUGAUGCUGUCAAAGAUUAUCAAAAGGUGUUAUUUCAAUCUACAAAUCAAAAGGUUUGAUCAUCAGUAGUUCAAUAGAAACUUUAUAUAGGAGUUCAAAUGUUUCAAUGAUAAUAUGAAAGAUUAUGCUUAAAUGUAUGAUAUUUUAAUUAUAUACUUAAAAUCAUGGUAAGUAGUUCUGUUUAAAUGAAUAAAAGGCUACUUUGUUA